UUCCGCCUUCUGCCAGCAGUAGCCGCGGCCGCAGCACCUGAGCCGCUGCUGGCGCUCGCUCAGGACGACGCUAUGGCUGAGCCGGGGCGCAGCCUCCAUCCCUCUGCCCGAGGCAGGGGACGAACUGAGCGGCGCACACUCCGGCUUCUGCGGCUGCUGCUCUGGGUUGGGACCGCCUUUCAGGUGACCCAGGGAGCGGGACCGGAGCUUCACGCCUGCAAAGAGUCGGAGUACCACUACGAGUACACCGCGUGUGAUAGCACGGGAUCCAGGUGGAGGGUCGCUGUGCCGCACACCCCGGGCCUGUGCACUAGCCUCCCCGACCCCGUCAAGGGCACCGAGUGCUCCUUCUCCUGCAAAGCUGGGGAGUUUCUGGACAUGAAGGACCAGUCCUGUAAGCCGUGCGCCGAGGGACGCUACUCCCUCGGCACGGGCAUCCGGUUCGACGAGUGGGAUGAGUUGCCCCAUGGCUUUGCCAGCCUCUCAACCAACAUGGAGCUGGAGGACAGCACCACUGAGUCCAUGGAGAACUGCACUGCGUCCAAGUGGGUUCCCCUGGGUGACUACAUCUCCUCCAACACAGACGAAUGCACAGCCACGCUGAUGUACGCCGUCAACCUAAAGCAGUCCGGCACGGUCAGCUUCGAGUACUACUACCCAGACUCCAGCAUCAUCUUUGAGUUUUUUGUUCAGAAUGACCAAUGCCAGCCCAAUGUAGAUGACUCCAGGUGGAUAAAAACCACAGAGAAAGGAUGGGAAUUCCACAGUGUCGAGUUAAACCGAGGCAAUAAUGUCCUCUAUUGGAGAACCACAGCCUUCUCAGUGUGGUCCAAAGUCUCCAAGCCUGUGCUGACACAGCUCAUGUACAAAUGGGCCCAGCCGAAAAUCUGCAGUGAGGAUCUCGAGGGGGCCGUGAAGCUGCCCGCCUCUGGCGUGAAGACCCGCUGCCCGCCCUGCAACCCAGGCUUUUUCAAAACCAACAACAGCAGCUGCGAGCCCUGCCCUUACGGCUCGUACUCCAACGGCUCCGAUUGCAGCCACUGCCCGGCCGGGACUGAGCCAGCCGUGGGAUUCGAAUACAAAUGGUGGAACACGCUGCCCUCAAACAUGGAAACCACCGUUCUCAGUGGGAUCAACUUUGAGUACAAGGGCAUGACCGGCUGGGAAGUGGCUGGUGAUCACAUUUAUACGGCUGUUGGAGCCUCAGACAAUGACUUCAUGAUUCUCACUCUGCUUGUGCCAGGAUUCAGACCUCCACAGUCAGUGAUGGCAGACACAGAGAAUAAAGAGGUGGCCAGGAUCACAUUUGUCUUUGAGACCAUCUGUUCUGUGAACUGUGAGCUCUACUUCAUGGUGGGUGUGAACUCUAGGACCAACACUCCUGUGGAGACAUGGAAAGGUUCCAAAGGCAAACAGUCCUACACCUAUAUCAUCGAGAAGAAUGCUACCAUGAGCUUCACCUGGGCCUUCCAGAGGACCACUUUUCAUGAGACGGGCAGGAAGUACACCAAUGAUGUCGCCAAAAUCUACUCUAUCAAUGUCACCAACGUCAUGGAUGGGGUGGCCUCCUACUGCCGUCCCUGUGCUCUGGAAGCCUCUGACAUGGGCUCCUCCUGCACCUCUUGUCCUGCUGGCUACUACAUCGAUCGGAACUCAGGAACCUGCCACCCCUGCCCCCCUAACACAAUCCUGAAGGCCCACCAGCCUUAUGGCAUCCAGGCCUGCAUGCCCUGUGGUCCAGGGACCAAGAGCAACAAGAUCCACUCUCUGUGCUACAAUGACUGCACCUUCUCAGUCAGCACUCCGACCAGGGUUUUGGACUACAACUUCUUGGCUUUGGCAAACACCGUCUCUCUGGCUGGAGGGCCAAGCUUCACUUCCAAAGGGCUGAAGUAUUUCCAUCACUUUACCCUCAGUCUGUGUGGAAACCAGGGGAAGAAAAUGUCCGUGUGUGCCGACAAUGUCACUGACCUUCGGAUUCCUGAGGGUGAGUCGGGUUUCUCCAAAUCCAUCACAGCCUACGUCUGCCAGGCGGUCAUCAUCCCCCCAGAGGUGACAGGUUAUAAGGCUGGAGUGUCCUCGCAGCCUGUCAGCCUCGCCGACCGACUCAUUGGGGUGACAACAGAUAUGACUCUGGAUGGACUCUCCUCCCCAGCUGAACUUUUCCACCCGGAGUCCUUGGGAAUACCGGACGUGAUCUUCUUUUAUAGGUCCAAUGAUGUGACCCAGUCCUGCAGUUCUGGGAGAUCGACCACCAUCCGUGUCAGAUGCAGUCCACUGAAACCCGCCCCCGGAAGUCUGUCGCUGCCGAGCGCAUGUUCCGAUGGGACCUGCGAUGGCUGUAAUUUCCACUUCCUGUGGGAGAGCCUGGCUGCUUGUCCGCUCUGCUCCCCGGCCGACUACCACGCUAUCGUCAGCAGCUGCGUGGCUGGGAUGCAGAAGACUACUUACGUGUGGCGAGAACCAAAGCUGUGCGCAGGUGGCAUCUCCCUGCCUGAGCAGAGAGUCACCAUCUGCAAAACGAUCGAUUUCUGGCUGAAAGUGGGCAUCUCUGCGGGCACCUGUGCUGCCAUCCUGCUCACCGUCCUGACCUGUUACUUUUGGAAGAAGAAUCAAAAACUGGAGUACAAGUACUCCAAGCUGGUGAUGAACACUGCCCUCAAGGACUGCGACCUGCCAGCAGCUGACAGCUGUGCCAUCAUGGAAGGCGAGGAUGUGGAGGAUGACCUCAUCUUUACCAGCAGGAAGUCAAUCUUUGGGAAGAUCAAAUCAUUUACCUCUAAGAGGACUCCUGAUGGAUUUGACUCCGUGCCGCUGAAGACAUCCUCAGGAGGCCCAGACGUGGACCUGUGAGAGGCACUGCCCUGCCUCCCCUGCCUCCUCACCCGGGCACAUCACCUUGCAAGCCUGUGGCGAUUCGGGUGCCAGCUUCCUGCUGGAAAUCUCUUCAUUGUGGCCUUAUCAGAAGUUUGGAUUUCAGAUAUUUGGGUUUUUGGGGUUUUUUUAUAGAGUACCCAAACCCUCCUUUCUGCUUGCCUCCAACCUGUCAAAUAUACCCACACUUUGUUUGUAUAUUA